AUGACGAUCCUCCCCUCGGCGACGCGGCCCCCACCCGCCGCGAAGCCGACGGUCGUGCUCGCGCCCGGCGCCUGGCACACGCCCGACUGCUACGACGAAGUGCGCGAGCGGCUCUCGGCGCUCGGCUACCCGACGCAGAGCGUGGCGUACCCGUCGGUGGGGGCGGAGCCACCGACGGCGACGCUCUCGGACGACGUCGCGGCGGUGCGGGGCGCGGUGGCGGAGCUGGCGGACGCGGGCAAGAGCGUCGUGCUCGUCGUGCAUUCGUACGGGGGCUGCGUGGGCGCGAGCGCGGUCGAGGGGCUUGGGGCGCGGACGCGGGCGCGCGCGGGCAAGAAGGGCGGCGUCGUCAUGUUUGUGUAUUUGGCGGCUUUUGUGGUGCCCAAGGGGAAGUGUUUGUUUGACAUGUUUGCGGGGAAUGCGCCGGCGUGGCUGGAGUUCGACGGCAACUACUGCACUCCCGCCACGCCCGCCCAAGUCUUCUACCACGACAUGCCCGCGCCCGCCCAAGCGGCCGCCAUCGCCAAGAUCCAGCACCAAUCGGCGCCCGUAUUCCAGGGCACCGUGACCUACGAGCCGUGGCACGACAUGCCGUGCACGUACCUGUUCUGCGCAGCAGACCAAGCCAUCCCGCUCGCGAUGCAGCAGCAGAUGGCGGCGGUGCUGGGGCCCGAGACGACGACGUUCAGUUUUGUGGGCUCGCAUUCGCCGUUUCUGAGCCAGCCGCAGGAGGUGGUUGAGGCGGUCGAGUUUGCGGCCAAGGUGGGGGUUGAGCGCGCGAAGAGGGGGUAG